AUGAGAACACUUGUCCUCGUUCUUGUUGCCACCAUAGUCAUUUGCCACAUAUGUGCAUGUAAAAACUUGUUAGGAAGAAGAAGAUAUCACUAUAUUAUACAGAGGGGAAAUAUAAAAGGAGGUAGAGGUGGUAAUUUAAGAAGAGUCCAAAGUAGUGUAAGGUUUUCAUAUAACGAAUACAAUCAACAGAAUCAACAAAACAUUAGCAUACCUUCUAUGCUGCUUUCCAAAAGAAUAAUUUUUCUUUCUUCACCUAUAUAUCCACACAUACCAGAACAAAUAAUUUCUCAAUUAUUGUACCUAGAGUAUGAAUCAAAAAGAAAACCUAUCCAUUUAUAUAUUAACAGUACAGGUGAUUUAGAAAAUAAUAAGAUAAUAAAUUUAAACGGAAUAACAGAUGUCAUCUCUAUUAUUGAUGUUAUAAAUUACAUAUCAUCUGAUGUAUAUACCUACUGUUUGGGAAAGGCGUAUGGAAUUUCGUGCAUCUUAGCAAGUAGUGGAAAAAAGGGAUUUCGAUUUUCUUUAAAAAAUUCAUCUUUCUGUUUAAACCAAUCGUACUCAGUUAUUCCGUUUAACCAAGCUACUAAUAUUGAAAUUCAAAAUAAGGAAAUUAUGAACACAAAAAAUAAGGUCAUUGAAAUAAUUGCUAACAACACAGAAAAGCAGAAGCAGUAUAUAGAACAAGUUCUGGAGAGAGACAAAUAUUUUAGUGCCAACGAGGCUGUUCAGUUUAAUUUGGUCGACCACAUACUGGAGAAGGAGUAG